GUGCAAUUCUAGUAUGUACAAGGUUAAAAUAAUUUAUCACGUGCGUCGGAACAAUAUAGUUUUAAGUUCAAGUUAAAAUCUAAAUCAAUGAGCAUCGUUCCGUGCGAGUCAUGCUGACAUGGAGCAUAUAUAAAUCCAAUUGAGAAGAAGGAGCUUUCAUUUUGCAUUUGACACUAUUCGCAUCAUAUCAUGUGGAUGUAUCUGGCUUUUCUCUUAAUCAUUGAAGCGGUCACAGCCGAUCACAAUCAUGCAUGGGAAACGGGAAACGAAUAUCAUUAUCUUAUAAAAAGUCGAACAUUGACGGGCUUAGUCGGGCUAGCUGAGCAGUAUUCCGGAAUUUUUAUGAGAGGUAAACUCACUAUUCAAGUGAAAUCAUCGGAUACGCUGCAGGCUGCGGUGUCCGAGAUGCAGCAUGCUUCUGUGAACGAAAUAUUGUCGGAUAUUUCGGAUGAAAUCACCAACCUUGAGUUUCGCCAGCUUUCAUUAUCAGAAAAGCCCUUUGAGAUCAAGCUCAAACGAGGAGUGAUCCGAGAUGUGUUAAUUGAUCAAGAUGUGCCUACUUGGGAGGUGAAUUUGCUAAAAAGUAUUGUGAGUCAGCUGCAGAUUGACACAGAGGGUGAGAACGCAAUAGCAAGUAGGAGCACUAUGAUGCCCAACGACAAUCAGUCUUUUAGUGAAUUUAAAGUCAUGGAGGAUUCCGUUGGCGGCAAAUGCGAGGUCCUUUACAGUAUUUCGUCAAUGAAGGGAGAUCAUUUGUCAAUAUCUUUGCCACAUCUCCACAAAGAUGCUCAACAUUUCGUUAUUGCAAAAACAAAGAAUUAUUCCAGAUGCGAACAGCGAGUAGCUUAUCAUUCUGGUAUCAUCAAUAAAAUGAAUUGGAAACCAGGAUCUAACGAUGAAUUUCUUUCGAGAUCAUCUUCGAAUUAUAUUACCAUCUCCGGUAACCUGAAACGUUUUACUAUUCAAUCUUCCAUGAUGACAAAUCAGAUCAUGUUAAUCAACUCUCAUAAAAUUAAUAAAUCUAAAUUUGACAACACAUACUGUGGCGCUGUUUACAGUGGUAUGAAUUUAACUUUGGAUAGAAUGAAUCGGAUCUCUAACCCUGUGCCUGUGUCCAACAAUCUCGUGUCAACUGGAAAUUUAGUGUACACUUACAAUAAUCCGUUCUCUAGCCAACGCAAACCGCGUCGUCCGAAUGUAAGUCAAAGUUCCUUGGCGGCUCAAUCAUCCGAGAACCAUAAUUCUAACAAUUCUAGCGAGGAAAACCAUAACGACGAUGACAACUUCAAGAUCGAGGAACAAGAUUACUUUCAACCUAAACCGAAAUUGGAUGAAGCUCCGGAGAGUCCGCUAUUACCCUAUUUUAUUGGAUACAAAGGCAUGAGCAUUUUAAAUUCCGAAGAGAAUUAUACUCGGAUAGCGAUCCGUCUGAUCGGUCGGACGUUAAUAGACGACAAUUAUCAAACUAUCAAACAUCUUUCCCCGGAGCAAAUAAACGACCGAUACAUCAAUGCUUUAGAACGAUUCACAAUUCUGGUUAGAUUGAUUCGCACCAUGAAUGUUGAACAGAUCGCUGAGAUAGAUAAUGGAGUAUCCACAAUGUAUAAUACUGUGAAUUCGUUUACUGAAACGGAUUUUAAUGUAACACAUCAAAAUGCAUGGAGUGCCUUUAGCUGCGCCGUUGCAAACGCCGGAACUGGUCCCGCUCUUAUCACCAUAAAAAACUGGAUAAAAACUGGAAAACUCGUGGGCAUACAAGCGGCGCAGAUUAUUUCGAAAAUUCCUAAAUCCGCGCUCGCACCUACAACGGAAUAUGUCGCAGCGUUUUUUGAACUGAUUACCGAUGAAAAGGUGACAAAACAGAGAUUUUUGAAUGCAACUGCACCUUUGUCAUUCGCCGAAUUGGCUCGUUACACUCAAAGUGACAAAUUAUCUAUUUACUAUCCGGUCUACAGUUUCGGCCGUAUAGUCCCUAAACAUUACAAUGAACUUUUUGAAACUUAUAUUCCAUAUAUGGCUACCCAAUUAAGAAAAGCCAUUGAGAAAAGCGACAGUCAUCAAAUUCAAACGUAUAUUAUGGCAUUGGGUAAUUUCGGUCAUCCGAAAAUACUUUCCGUUUUUGAGCCAUAUCUGGAAGGCACAAUUCCGAUAUCGAAAUUCCAACGUUUGAUGAUGGUCAUCUCAUUAAACAGAUUAACCGAAAGCUAUGCGAGAGUUGUCAGAUCCGUCGCCUUGAAGAUUUACUUGAAUUUAAAGGAGGCCUACGAAUUACGUUGUGUAGCUGUUCACAUCAUAAUGAAAACCAAUCCAUCCCUAAUAAUAUUGCAGCGAAUGGCGGAAUUUACCAAUCAGGAUCAGGAUCGACACGUAAAUUCUGUCGUCAAAACCAGUAUAGAAUCCCUCAUUAAUUUAGAACAAUCAGAAUGGCAAGAUCUCGCUGAAAAGGCGCGUAUCGCUAGCAAGCUAUUAAAUCCUAACAUUAGCGAGGAUAAUUACUCUCAGAGCAUUUUUAUGCAAACGAAAAUCGCCUCCUUAAACAUUGCUCAAACAAAUAUUUAUCAGAUAAUUGGUAGCGACGACACUAAUACACCUAAAGGUGCAUAUAUUGAUAUACUUCAAUCUUACGGUGGAUUAAAUCUACCCCUGACAAAAAUGGCAUAUACAGUAUCAAGCAUCGAAGAGUUGAAACAGAAGUGGUUAGGUAUAUGGCUAGGUGAACAGUCCUGGAUGCCUCAAAAUCAAACCAAGAAGGAAUGGAUGAUUGAAACGAUAGUUGAAAAGCUUGGCAUUGAGCCCGAAAAUGCAGAACAGUUGGAAGGAAAUUUCUUUAUGGAUUCUGCAUUUUCUUUAGGAUUCUAUCCCUUUGACAAUCGUACGCUUGAAGAAUUUACUAAUAUGUUGAAAACGUAUCAAAAAUCGAUAUCGCAAACAGGAUCAUACGUUUUUGAAUACAAAAACAUAAAUGAUCUAAACCAUUACGACGUAACGUUGGGAUUCCCGACUGAAACCGGUCUGCCGUUCAUCUAUACUUUAGCAUUACCGAACAUAAUGUCCAUUAACAAGGGAGCAUCUGUUAAAGUCACACACUUACAAAAUGAUAGCUUUGUAGAACUGGCAGUAACAGGUUAUAUAGUAUCAAGUGAAAAGAUCCAAAGUAGAAUUGGUUUCGUAACACCUUUCGAGCACAGACACUAUAUUGCUGGUGUCGAUGUCAAUACGCACGUUGCUAUACCAGCCGGAUUAAAUGUCAAAGUGAGAGGUAACGGUACAUUUGAGCUGAAGAUACACCCUCAUUAUAACCAUCGUGUUAGCAGGUUUUCAAUCAAACGAUUAGCGAUUCACCAUAGUGUAGUUCCUUAUACCUCAAAACAGGACAUUCUCGAACUUGUAGAGUUCAGCAAUGACAGACGUCUAGUACACACGAAGGAACCGAAUAAAGUACAGUUUUCGCUAGGUAAUCUGACACUCUCCGCAAGAAGUGAUGUUAUUGACAGCGAUAUGUCGCAGAAGAAGGGACUUGAAGGUCUUAUUAAGCUUUCUACUAUAUUUUAUUUAAAUCUUGGUGCUCAUUACAGGAGAUUCGACGCCAUCUUAUAUCCCGUAGAAGCACAAGUAAAUUUAACUUAUUAUGUCAGGAGGACUAAUAGAAGUUCGGAAGUAACAAUUCCUACAAUAGUUGACAAACGACCUAACAGCAGGGAAAGAGAAGAACAAUUUUUAGAUGAAUUCACAAUUACCAAAGAUAAUAGAUCUGACAAUUAUGUUUAUUCUGUCACGACAUCUACAAUGUAUGACAUAAGUGUUUUAGCUGAUAAUAAUUAUUACGUUUUCACCUUUGUUUUGGGAGACAGCCUCGAUAAAUUGCAGACUCUUUCUUAUGGAAAUGUCCAAUCGCUAGAUGGAGAAGUCUUCUGGGAGUUUUGCAGUGUUAAUAGCAUUGUUGGAUUAUCACCCUACAAUCAUCUAAAUGUUGAGAAGGCAAUCAAAAAGAUUCCGAAUUAUGAAUUUAACAUCGAGAUGCGAUAUGGAAGUUGUGCAAAUGGAGAGACGAUAAAACUCAAAGGAAAUUUGAGUCGCACUGAUGAUGUUAUAAAAGAGGCAAUGAAAUCCGUGAUAGUUGAGGAAUGUCAACAACAAAUGAAACAAGGCAAUAUUUGGCUACCAACUUGUCAAAAGGCUAAUGAAUUAAUCCAACAAAGGGAUCUUCUGAUGAUGUCAAUGGAAACGAAUUCUGAUAAUUUCUAUUUGCUUGCCAACAGAAUGAUCAUGAUGAUCAAAAUGAUGAUUUCCGAUAAUAAUAUCAAAAUAUCUAACUUGCAAAGCGUUAAUAAGAACAUGGAUGUAGAAAUAAAAAUGCCACUUGAUAAUAAUGAUGUGAACAUUUCUUUGAGCACUUCACAAGUGGAUGUUUCGUUCUCUCUGUCACACUUUAUUGAAGAUCCUAAUGUUAUUUUUUCCAAUUUUACACUAAACAAGCUUUUUAAGGAAGACUUGGAAGGAGAUAUGUGCGUUCUCGACAAAACCCAUGUUGUAACUUUUGACAAUAAGGUCUAUCCCUUGACAUUAGGAAAAUGUUGGCACGUUAUGAUGGCGCCUUAUCCAAAGCGGGAUUCCAAUAAUCCCGAAAAAAUUUUAAGUUUUCGGUAUGAUGUGAGGGCAAUUGUCAUGGCCCGAGAAAUGGUCGACGGCAGUAAACAGAUAUGGAUAAUCUUGGGUCAUGAAGAAAUUCAUCUGCGAAAAUUGGACGAUCGUCUCCAAGUUUCUGUCGUUGGUGGUGAGGAAUAUGAUUCUUAUUUCUCGAAUUAUACGAGCUACGGACAAACUGACUUAUACGCAAUUUAUCAAGAGGAUGAAAUAAUAAUAAUGCAUUCGCUGCGAUAUAAUAUUCACAUCGUAUAUGAUGGAGAACGUAUCCUACUUUAUGUACACGAUAAAUAUCUCUAUACUGUACGCGGUCUCUGCGGUAAUUACAACAUGCGAUCCAACAACGAUUUUGUUACGCCUAAGAAUUGUAUCCUGACGAAGCCCGAAGAAUUCGCCGCUACAUAUGCUCUGACUUAUCGAGAGGACUGCGAAGGGCCUGCUUUGCAGAACAAACUAAAAGCCGAACAAUCCACAUGCAUUUCGAGAUCAUAUAUUCCGGGUGACGUCAUCAGUGAAAGAUAAAAGGGAAGAUGAGGCUAUCAUUACAAUAAUUGAUACGUUUAAGGAAAGCACAGCAAUAAUCGUAUAGUUUUUUUAUCAGAACUGAUAA